ACCCAGAUCUGAACCACAAAGGGGCACACGGCAGUGCUAAAUCCCAUUCACUAUGGGACUCACCAAGACGGAGAAUUCCCCCGGAUUGUCCUUUGAUAUCCAGAAUCCCCGACAAGUGUACUCACCAGGCGAUGUCAUACGGGGACAAGUCGUCUUGAACACGGCCGAAGAUAGUGCCAUUGGAAAAAUCGCCGUCAACCUGUGGGGACGGACCAAGUCGAGGAUCAUCCAACAGCAUGGACAAGCCGUCACUUACCACCGAGGACGUACAACUCUCUUCGACCUCGAACAAGUCCUCUACGAAGGUCAAUAUACCCACAAGCCAGGCACAUUUUCCUGGCCUUUUGAAUUUAUCAUCCCUUCACAAGCUGAUCCUACUUCCGUUCUCGCCGGCGACAAGUGGAAGCCCAAAGACCAUUUCUCUGGCACCACCACCGCCGACGAGGACGGCCUCAAUUUGGUGCUGCCCCCGUCAAAUCAUCACAGCAGAAUCAUGUUUGGUCGUCAGGCCGAGUGUUUUGUCGAAUAUGUCCUAUCCACCACCCUGACCGAGCCCGAGGGCCUUCACAAGAUACGUAAACCCCAGAGCAAGACUUCGACUCUUCCCCUCACCUUUCACCCACUAUCAACCCCAGAACCAAUCCAGGAUUGGGGCUUGAUCGAAGACAGUCGUCUCAUCACCAUCUCUACUCUCAAGCUACUGCCCGAACAUGCCGGUACCUCUCUAGGGUUACGCGAUCGAGCACGCUCCCUCUUCCACCGAGACAGCAUUCCCAAGUACUCAUUCACCCUCAAAGUCGAAGCUCCCACCACGAUCCAGCUGCUCCAUCCCACGCCCAUUCCAUUCCUAAUAACUCUGACACCAGACCAAACGCCCGAAAACACCACCGUCGAUACAUCGACUGGGUUCCCACGAGUCGUGCUACGCAACGCCUCGAUCCAACUCAAAACCCACGUGCGCUGCCGGGCAGCCGGCACAUAUUCUGAGCGGAAGACAUACGAGCUUCCCAUUCUGGCCAAGAAAUCCUUAGAUCAGCCAUUAUCACCGUCUCUCAAACUCGACUCAGACACAGACACACGCCUAGAUCUGGGUGCCCUCUGCGACCUCCGUCUCGGCAACGCCAAUCUGGGCUCCAAGCUCGAAACGCCGCUAUGCCCAAGCUUUAACACCUUCAACGUCGCUCGCGAAUAUUUCUUGACAUGGGAUCUCGAAGUCGAGUGUGCGGAAAAGGUGGAGAAGUUUUCAUCCAAGAAGAACGGGGAUCCAACCACCGUCAUCCUCCCCGCUGGAACCACCCAGUCCUCCUUCCCUAGCAGUGGGGUGGGCAACGACUACCUAGGUGCAGACCUCGCCCACGCGACAUCAGUCACAAGCAGUUCAAAUGGACUCUGGAAUCGUCGCCGUGUAUCAGGAGAAGACGCCAUGAGCGCGAUGCCGACGGGAUCAUCACGUGGCGAGAAAGAGAAACCGGGCUUCACUCCCACAAGCACGGCCCUUGCAUCGGGGAACUCGCCUCUGACUUCCUCUCUGACUGGAGGUGACAAGACCAAGACCAAGACAAAAGAAAAACUGACCAAAACUUCAUUACCGCCAUAUGUCGACCACUCAUCACUUGCUGCGCCUUCUGGGCAACAGCAACAACACUCAAAAUCCUCUAAAUCCAAAGACCAGGAAGCCGCCGAAGACCGAGCCCGAGCCCGAGCCCGUGAUGAGGAUGUCCCACCUGCAAUAACUUUUCAAAAUCCCCAUGAAAUCCCCUUUCGAUCGACUGAUAUGGACGAGACUCGAUCACCACAUGGCGGUCAGGACCCGGAUGCCUCGACCGCCGUCCCCAAUCCUCGUCAAGAUGACGGUAAUCAGUUGCCGAAAUAUGUCCCUUGAUCGGGGGUCGACAUGAUGAUGACGUUGAGGGAGAAUACUAACAAUACGUCCACUUCGCCACGGUUCCUAUCGCCGAAUGGGAGAUUGGGAAAUCUCAAUUCCCGUCGCAGUUAACCCCCGCCUGAUCUAUACCACGUCAUAGGUCAUAAUGGAACUGAAUGCUAUGGUCGAUCCGGAAGCAAUUCUGCCCGGAUGAGCCGGGCCGUUCCAGGUCUCUUUGCGUCAACAUCAUGUAGCAUCAGCUAUAGGAAAUCAACGCAGGAAUUGGGAGUCUGAUCGUUUGCCUGUCGAGAACAGCUUAACGCACGCAACACGUUUCUAUAAUGAUAUCCCAUCCCCAUGUUCAGGGAUGACCUCCAUUGGGCUCGCGUUAUGAUCAGAGAUGAAUAUCAUCGACCCACCACGUCUUGCUCAAUCCCCCAGGGACGGAAGAGCGAUGGCCGACUCUUUGACCGGGUCCACAGAGAUAGUGGUACCCAACCAAUUGAAUACCGCAAGAUAGAGAAUCAUACAAGAUAUUCAAGUCAUGCACGCCUAGAUAUUCAAUUGAUAUCAUUUCUUUCUGGGCACUGUGAUUGAUAAUGAGGGCAUAAAUGUGAUGUAUAUAGUUAAUACAUUUGAGCUAGAAGGUUAAUGCAACAGACGACUGACAACUGGCGAUGUCGGUACGUUGAUCCAACUGAUACAAUCGACAGAGGACAUAACUUCAUCCAAAAA